AUGGAUAGAUUCCAGCAUCUUCAGAAAACGCCUCGUCUCCUCACUUCAACACCGGGAACCACCCGCAAAACGGCAGCCGAUCGCCAUGCAACACACGAAUGCAACAUCGAGCCAGGGUUCCUCCGGACCACACCGUUGAUCAGGCCUGAGUUAAGGACCGUUGAGAGUUCACCAUCGAGCACACCCGGAAAUGAGCGAGACAAGCUUGCGUUAUCUACGAGGAUAAACACAAACCGGUCAUGGGGACGAGGCCCCGUCUCAUCGUCACACGAUCACUGCGCCCCUAAUAUUCCCUCGCCCCCUCAGCUGCAAACAACUCAGCGUCAGGUUUGCCGACAUCCCUCGCAAAUCAAAAUAAAUCGUGGCCUGGGCGUGGCAGGCAGUGCGGAGACGGGAUACCGCGCUUGGAUACAAGGAUCCACGAGCAACAUUUCAAGAGGAGCCAAUGCAACUAUCGAUACCAGCCGGAGCCUCGGCGAAGGCGGCAUUUUGCGUCCACACCCCUCCCAAAUCAGCUCGCAGCGUUUUGUCGCAUUCCUCGUAAUCUCGCUACGUCGCAGGGAAAGGGGGCUGGUCGGAUCCACGUAUUCUCGGGUUUCGCCGGCAUGA